UACCUGAGGGCUGCGGGGCGGCCGCGGCGACGAAGGGGCGUCAACCUUUUCUCUCAGAGCGCAAAUUUGGAUAGGAGCCAGCCGUUCGGUCGGAAACGCCCCCUUCUUCCUUGUAGGCCGGGAGGGUGCCGCGCCUGGCCGCGCCACUGUACUUGAGUGGGAUAUGGCCCGCCGUGAGGGGGGCGGCGCGCUCCCCGCGGUACCCCUGGGGUCCCCGGGAGUUGGCAGUAAGGGGUUGCAAAGGAAGGGCCCCUGUGAGCGGCGCCGGCUGAAGGCGAUGGUGUCGGAGCAGCUCAGCCAGGAUCUGCUCAGGCUUUUAAGGGAAGAAAUUCAUACGGAUGUUACUUUCUCUGUAAAUUGUGCUUUGUUCAAAGUACAUAAAGCAGUCCUUUUAGCAAGGGUUCCUGCCUUUUAUUUUCAUAUUAUUGGACAGACAUCAAAUAAUUUAAUAAAUUGUGAGCCUAUUUCUGUGAAGAAUGUUGAUGCUUCAGAAUUUAGAACAUUUUUACAGAUUAUAUAUUCAUCAAACAGAAACAUAAAAAGCCAUGAAGAGGAAAUUCUUAGUAAAAUGACAAUGGACAGUGGGAUACAAGAGAAUCUUGACGUGAAUUUUCAAAAGUGUAAAAAUUCAUCUGAUUUUGCUCUUCAGAAGCAUGAAAUUCCAGAGGAUGGCAGUGAUAAAGAUGACAGUUUAAUUUUCACUGAUAAUUGUGGCUUGGAACCUGCCUCUGAAUUAGGAGAAGAUUUAUUGAAGCUUUAUGUGAAGCGUUGUUGUGCAGAUAUUGAUAUUUAUGUUGAUGGAAAGAGUUUUAAAGUUCACAGGGCUGUUUUAAGUGCCAGAUCUAGGUAUUUUGCUGCAAUGCUGAGUGGCUGUUGGGCUGAAAGUUCCCAAGAGUACAUUACUCUUCAAGGUAUAAACCAUAUAGAAAUGAAUAUUAUGAUGCAUUUUAUCUAUGGAGGAACUUUGGAUUUUCCACACAAAACUAAUAUUGGUCAGAUACUCAGUAUUGCUGAUAUGUAUGGACUAGAUGGAUUAAAAGAAGUAGCAAUCUACAUUUUAAGAAGAGAUUACUGUAAUUUCUUUCAGAAGCCUGUUCCCAGAACAUUGGCGUCUGUAGUAGAAUGCCUACUUAUUGCUCAUUCCGUUGGAGUGGAAAAUCUGUUUGCUGACUGCAUGAAGUGGAUUGUAAUGCAUUUUGCAAAGUUUUGGUCUGAGAGAAGCUUUGCAAAUGUACCUCCUGACAUUCAGAAAAGUUGUCUUAAUAUGUUGAUCCAGUCUCUAAAUGAUAAGAAUGCUGCUUUUCUUCUGAUGGAAAGUGACAGGCUCAUCAUCAGUUUACCCAGAGUGAAGUGGACAGAGGCAGCACUGACUAUGGCAGCUCAACUCCAAGAAGAGUGCAUUGCAUUUAUUGUAGAAAACUUCUCCAAGGUCAUUCUGAGUGAAAAUUUUACUCUUCUCCUACAGUCACAAGCAAUGAGCAGCACAGCUGAUCUGUUGGACAAAAUUUUAAAAGCAAUUGAAGAAAAAAUUACCACUGAAAAUAGUUGCUCUCUUCUUAUGGCUCUGGACACAUUGUUGAACUCUGAAAGUACAAAGGAAAUGGGUUUUACGUGCAAGAUCCAGGCUCUGCGUGAUAAGCUGUGGAUCUUCCUGGUUCAGUCUUUCUAUGCUGUUCGACACACAGAAAGCUGGAAGCUGAUAAGCACAGAUGAUCAGCAAAAAAUUCAAGCAGCUGCUUUUGACAAAGGUGAUAACCGAAGACUUGGGAAAAAGCCUAUAUUCAGUAGCUCUCAGCAAAAGAGACACAUUUCUGACUCUGGUGUUAUAAAAAACAAAUCUUGGAGAGAAAAUAACAAGAAAGAGUGUUGGAGUUAUCUCUCUACUAAUCAAAAGAUGAAAUCUGAUGGAUUAGGAGCAUCUGGACAUUCAUCAAAUGUUAAUAGAAGUACUAUGAGUAAAACUUUAAAGCAUAAUGAUUUAAAGGAAAAGGAUGGUACAAAAAUAGCAUCUAAGGUUACAAAAGGAUUGAGAACUGGGGAAAAAAAUAUUUCUGGAAAUCCCAAAACUAUAAUAAAGCCCAAAACAGAAAAUAAUGAUAAUGCAAAGUUGGAAAACUUGUCAUCUAAAGUUGUGGAAAGAACAGCAGCAUCAAGUAAUUCAUUAAAUGGAAAAGGUGUAAGAAGUCAGGAAGGGCAAGUUACAGGUGCCAGACCCAAGAUACUCACUGGAAACUUAAAUGUGCAGCCCAAAGUAAAGCCUUUAAAAAAAGCAACAGGUAAAGAGUCUCCAUGCCUCAGUAUCACAGGACCCAGCAGAUCUACAAAUUCAAGUAUGGAAUUACUGACUUCCACUGGAUGUCUCAAUGAACCAAAACAAAAUGGAGCAGUAGGAGAAGAGAAGUCUUCUGGUCAGAAGCUAUCCCCUUGUGAUUCUCCAGGACAGAUGGUGAAAAACAGUGUAGAUGGUGUCAAAACUUCCUCUGUAGCAGUAAAAUCUCGACCUAUUUCAAGAGUUACCAAUGGGACUUCCCAUAAAAAAAGUAUUCCUGAACAAGACACUGAUGUAAAUAAUAGUGUGUUAAAGAAGGUCAGUGGCAAAAGAUACAGUGAUCCAGUACCACAGGCAGUUUUGAAGAAAAGGAGUAAUGGCAGUGGACAGCAAAGGGCAAAGAGUGCCCCAUCUAAUUUUGCUAAAACUCAAGGAUCCCCAGGAGAGUCACCACAUUCAGUAAAAUCUUCAGUCUCUUCAAGACAAUCAAGUGAAAAUAUGACAAAGUUGGACCACAGUAUAACUACAGAUAAACAGAUGUCUAAGAGAAAAAUUGUUAAGCAAGGGCAGAUAAAUACACCCAAGGGUAAUGUAAAAAUGGUGUCAAUACCUAAAAAUCUAAAUCAGCCAAAGAUAGGUGAAACUCUGAAUAAUAAAGAUUCAAAACAAAAAAUGCUUCCAGGACAAGUUAUACUGAAAACUCAGUCUUCUCAAAAACAUUUAAAAAGUGAGACAUCUGUUCAACAGAGUAUCCUUCGUGAUGUACAUGGCAAUAACAACAAAGACAGUGUUUCUGAACAAAAACCUCAGAGAUCUCUAAUUAAUCUCACAUCUGAAAUCAGUGAUACAGAAGCAUUCCAGUCAUCAUGCAGACCUGACCCACAAAAGCUAUUGAGCAGUCAAGAAAAAGACAAGUUGGUGUUAGAAUGCCAACAUUUCCCAAAACUGGAUAAAUCAAUAAAACAUGAACUAAAAGUAAAACAGAUUUGUUUAGAUAAAAAUGAAACAAAAUUUCCCAGUCACAAAGACAUAAAUCAUUGCAAUGCAACUAAAACAUAUAACCGUUCUGAUGGGAGUGAUAAAGAUUCAGAAUUUUAUAGCAUCACUGUUCUAAAAUCCACAGUUUCAAAUACAAAUGAAAACUCCUUAAAUUCUAAUCCAGUUUGUGAUUUAGAUUCAACAAAUGCAAUCAAAAUUCAUUUAAUAUCAGAUAGAGAGAAACAAAUAGGAGGAAAAGAUGAAAACAAAAAAUUAAAUAUGCAAUGUAUGAAAGAAGCUUUAUCUUAUGUUCCUGAAAGGACAAAUAGUACCUUAAAUUCUGUUCAAGAUGACAGAAAAUCUAAAAUUCAUAUAGAAGAAAAAACCAUUCCUCAUCAGUUGUUUGAUGACUCUCCUAUGCAGGAAGACAAACAUGCUGCCACUUACUCAGAUGUUUACUCCAAAUGUUUUUCCAAACAACCAUCAGGAAAAACUUUUGCUAAAAAUAUGGAAAAGUCAGAAACUCUAGAGAACCAUGAAACUCUAGAAGUUCCAUUCACAGGUCACUGGAAUUUGAAUACAAAUGUGCUGCCUCAAAGAGAGAGUCCUGAAUCGGACAGUGGCAGCGCUACUACGUCCUCUGAUGACAUAAAGCCCAGAUCUGAAGACUAUGAUGCUGGAGGGUCUCAGGAUGACGAUGGGCCCAACGACAGGGGUGUUUCUAAAUGUGGCACUAUGCUGUGCCAUGACUUUCUUGGAAGAAGUAGCAGUGAUACUAGUACUCCUGAAGAAUUAAAGAUAUAUGAUAGUAAUUUAAGAAUUGAAGUAAAACUGAAAAAGCAAAGUAAUAAUGAUCUUUUCCAAGUUAAUUCAACAAGUGAUGAUGAGAUUCCUAGAAAAAAGCCAGAAAUCUGGUCUCGGUCUACAGUGGUCCACCCUAGGGAAAAAGACAACAUUCCACGAGGCACUCUCCAGUUUACUCAGGAAAUAGAUCAAGUUUCUUCUUCAGCAGAUGAAACAGAAGAUGAAAGAUCUGAAACUGAAAAUGUAGACAAUUUCUCUGUAAUUAAUCCUUCUCCUCAGCAGUUUCAUGGAAUAAUUAACCUAGCUUUUGAAGAUGGAACUGAAAAUGAAAGUCGUGAGUUUUCUACAACUAAAAAAUUUAAAAGAUCAGUUUUACUUUCAGUUGAUGAGUGUGAAGAACUAGGAUCUGAUGAAGGGGAAGUUCAUGCUCCCUUUCAGCCAUCUAUAGAUCCUCUUUCACCUUCUGAUGUUUUUGAUGGUGUUUCUCAUGAACAUCCUGAAAGGACCUGUUAUCCCCAUUUCCCCCAAGAAACUGAAGAUAGUAUUUUAAAAUGUAAACAGCAAGAUAAAGGCAAUAGUACAUAUAAAACUGAAAGCACUCUCUUGGGCCUUAGUAGCAUUGACUCUUCAAGAAAAGAUAAACAGAGUACUUCAGCCACAGACAAAAAGAACACAUUAGGUGUCCUAUCCAAAAGAGACAGACAACUUUUUCUAGAAGACAAGAAAGGACACAGUGGAAGAGAUACUGGUAAUGACUUUCAGCAGUGCAGCAAAUCCAUGGAUAUUGAGAUAAAAUCUCAAGAAAGACCUUGUCAUUUGGAGCUUCAUCAAAGAGAACCCAAUUCUGACAUACCAAAGAACACCUCUUCAAAAUAUCUAGACUCCUUGCAGAGUCAUAUUCUUCCUCAGGAAGGUCAAGUGAAAGAAAGCCAUUCUACAGCUACUGAAAAAGCUAAUAGUGCUUUAUCUGCAGGAGACAUAGAUGAUUGUGAUACACUGGCACAAACCUGCAUGUAUGACCAUCGGCCUUCAAAAACCCUCUCUCCAAUAUAUGAGAUGGAUAUAACAGAAGCAUUUGAGCAGAAAAUGGAAUCUGAAACACAUGUAACAGAAGAUAAUCAAUAUUUUGCAAAACAAGAUUGGACACUACUAAAGCAACUGCUCUCUGAACAGGAUUCAAACUUAAAUAUUACAAGUUCUCUUCCUGAAGACCUAAAUUUGGCACAGUAUUUAAUCAAUCAAACACUCCUUUUAGCACGAGACAACUCAAAACCUCAGGGUAUAGCACAUGUUGACACUUUGAACAGAUGGAGUGAACUAUCAUCUCCACUAGAUAAUUCCUCAACAAGUAUUACCAUGGCUAGUUUUUCCUCCGAAGAUUGUUCACCUCAAGGAGAAUGGACAAUUCUGGAGCUAGAAACUCAACAUUAAAAGUCUUAACAAUAUGGAAAAUUUAAACUCCAUCCCUUUAUUUUUUGAUGUCUAUGGAAUAUCUAAAUUAUAAUUGCAUUAGACAGAUAAUAGACUGUCCUUAAUACUGAGGGAGUUUUCCAAUUUAUUGAGGUAAACAGUUUAUUAAUAUUAUAUCACAUGUAGAAAAAGUGUCUAAAGUUUUUGAGCAUGUUUUCUAUAAUUAGAAAAAUUAGAAGAUUCAUAAGAAAACCGUUGCCUCAGUUUUCCUUGCCUAUUUGAUCAUUUGUUUAUUAUUUAAGAAUUAAAGUAAGAAUGUAUAAGUAGAUCAUUUCCUUUACCCCUUUUUGCUCUGCAUAUGG